AUGAUCAUACUGGAUCAUGAAGCAGUUUCCGUCAAUUCGAACAACAGCGGGGGUAAUACGUCCUCCGCCGCCGCCAUCUCGGCUGAUACGCAGUCCGCGUUGAGGCACAACCCUGGCAUCUCCCUCGAUUGGGAUCCUGAAGAACAAACGAUGCUCGAAGAUUUGCUCGUCAAGUUUGCUUCAGAUUCAACCAUAGUUCGCUAUGCUAAGAUCGCGAAGCAAUUGAAGGAUAAAACAGUUCGGGAGGUGGCAUUGCUUUGUAGAUGGAUGUCUGUAAGUUGGUCAUUUCAAAUUGUAUGUUUUAAAAGAUUUGGAUCAAAUGUUUCAUUUUAUGUGAACGUCAAGAGAAACUCUUGGGGUAAAGGGAUGUAUCUGUCCUGUUUUUACUGCAGGCAGAACCCAAAGUCUGAUACGUUUGACAUGUAGUCUUUACCAUGAUGUAGAGACAGGACUACUAGUAAGGAGGUGGGACCAACUUUAAGCUUAUUGAUGUC